AUGGCUUCGGCUUCUCGUCGCAACGUUUCUUUCAAGACGAAGGACCAGUUGACCUUGAGAGGCUGGUUUUAUCCUGCUGGUGACAAGUCACCCGUUGUUAUUCUCUCCCAUGGUCUGAAAGAGCAAUACCUAGACAACUUCGCCGCCAGGUUCCAGGCCACCGGCUUCGCAUCUCUUGUCUAUGACAAUCGCAAUUUCGGUGCGAGCGACGGUCAUCCCCGAUUCAAAGUCGAUGGUUUCAAGCAGGUUGAAGACUACCACGACGCCAUCACCUAG